ACACAUCUAGUGGGAAUCGAAGAUUUUUAUGGAUGAAGUCCCGCAAUAGGUUCUUGAAAAGAACUCCAGAGACAGGCCUGAGCUUCCUUCCAUGGAGAUGGCAACUAUCUAUCACUCUUCUCUCACUCCUCUCUUUCACUCAAAAUUCCUACGAUCUUUCUUAACAACAAUCCAAUAUCGCACUUCUCUUCCCUUUCCAUGUCUAAACGUCUCUAGGCCUCCCCCUCGAAAAUCUAUCUCCACCAAUCGCUCUUUCUCUGAUGACCCCACUUCCACCACAAAUGCUGCUACUGUGGAUCCCUCCAUUGCUUUGAAGAAGAAAGAAACGGACAUAUCCGCUGAUCUUAGAGGAACUUCUAUAUUUCUUGUGGGGAUGAACAACUCCAUUAAAUCCAGUUUGGGAAAACUACUAGCUGAUUUGUUACGAUAUUAUUACUUUGAUAGUGAUUCUUUGGUCUCAGAAGCUGCUGGGGGUGAAUCUGCUGCCAUAUCCUUAAAGGAGAGUGAUGAAAAGGGAUUUCGGGAGUUUGAGACUGAAGUAUUGAAGCAGUUAUCAUCCAUGGGUAGACUAGUGGUGUGUGCUGGUGAUGGUGCAGUUCAAGAUUCAACUAAUUUGGCACUUCUAAGGCAUGGCAUCUCGAUAUGGAUUAACGUGCCAUUGGACCUGGUAGCCAAGGAAAUAAUUGAAAACAAGAGUCAACUUUUGUCAUCACAAAUAGCUAUUUCUGGAUCUUAUUCAGAGGUUUUCUCCCAGCUAACGGUUCUUUACAAAGACACGAAAAUAGGAUAUGCAACGGCAGAUGCAUCUAUUUCCAUUCAAACAGAAGUAGCAUAUAAGCUAGGUUAUGAGGACGUGGAUGCAGUGUCAACAGAAGACAUUACCAUGGAGGUUCUCAAGGAGAUAGAAAGACUUAUAAAAGUUAAAAAGAUGAUGGAAGCAGCAGCUAGACCAUUUUAGCCAACAAGGAAUGUGUUUUCAUCAUUUGCCACGGUUUCUACAAAAUUUUCCUUUGUCUUUUGGUACUCUUUUAAAUUUAUUUUAAUUUAGAUUUAAAGUUUAGAAGAUGCUAUAAUAAUCUGUAUGGAUAAACAUAACCAGAAGACCAACGCCACGAUUGCAACUCAAGGCUACUAUCAUGGUUAUUGCCAUGGAGCAUUGUAGAGAUUAGUUAGUGUAUACUGUAUUCUUCUCCAAUCUGAAUGUAAUUCACUGUACUGCAUUUUCAGAAUCUGUUAUCUGUCUGAUCAUUGCAAGAGUGGGUAAUUCAGAGGUAACUGCAUGGUCUCCAUUAAUGAGUAACCUCUGGCUUGAAGCUAACCUUAGAACAGUGACGGACAAGAUGUUUUAAUACCUCAAAAUGAUAUUCGUAAGACUUGCAGCCUUUUUGCAAGCAUGAAUUGCAGCUUGGAAAGAUGCCCCUGGAGAGAAACAUCAAACAGAUAAAAUUAUUCAAAUCCGUGACUAGAAUUCGAGCUUUAAUGGGCUUCAACAAUAUGAUAACAGCUAUGGGAAGUUCUGCUCACCAGUGUUCUGGCAGAACAACAAAUUUCUGGAAUGUACGAGUUUCUUGGUAGACACGCAUUAAGCUUCAACAGUGCCUAACAAUACCAUGUACCUAGGCAUGAUUGUCCUUUAUUUUUCCCACAAUCUUUCAUUUCUGGUGAGAUAAUUGAUACCAAAGUAAUGACUAAUGAGAUGAGCCUUUCACACCUUUCGUUAUGGACCAUGCGAGAAUGCCUAAAAAGCAGCAAAAUACUCUCUCUAAGUGCCCAACAAGUUGCGGCUUUUUUUUUUUUUUCUAAUGAUUGUGGAUACAUGGAACUAGAACUAGAAUGUGUAGUGUAUGACUUGGAAGAAGAAAAUUGGCUACUACUUACUACUAUUACCCUACAAGAACAUAUUACUAUUACAAAGUUAAAAGAACAGAACAAGUUGAUGAUGAAUCGUGGCGCCUACAUCCUGUCUCCGCUGUUUGAGCUUCGAACUGCUCUGGCUUUUAUGCCAUGUGUCCUAGAGAAUUCUAUUCUUAUAGCAACUUGUUAGCGAGUUAAUAAUGUUGGAGUCUUGUUGCCUAUUUUCCAUGAUUAUGAUUAUGACCCAUUCAAAAUUUUCAACAUUGCUAGAAAACAAAAGAAGAAAUGAGGUUAGAAAGAAAGUUGAAAGAUAGAAGCAUAUACAAGAAAGGAAAAAAAAAGUUGUGUAAAACAGAAAUGAAAAAAAUAAAUCAAAGAGCAAGUUUGAUGGGGGAAUACUAGUAGAAACUGGAAAGGCUUAAAAGCCAACAUUUUUUGUAAUGCUGUGGGUGGUUGUUGGACCAUUGGGGUUUGAUUGAUGGUAUGAGAGGCCAACUUGCUGUGUCAAUUGGCUCUCCUCUCUUAUUAACCAACACCUAAACAGUUGAAACUUGAACUGCAUUAAACAUAAAAUCUCAUGUUUUUGCUUAAUUAUCUAAUCUAAUCUAAUCAGUUAUUCUUCACUCAUUUAAACAGAAAAAUGAAAAGGAAAACCAAUGUAAAAAGAAGGUUAACAUCAGAUAGGUGCAAAGUGGGAUUUAAAUUUAGUAUUUAAUUUAAAAAAAGGUAUUUACAGCAAUAACCAAAAAAAAAAAAA